UCAUGUGUUUUUUUUCUCCUGUGUUGUUGUCACAGGAGGAACAAUGUUGUUGCUCGCUGCUCGGAUUUUCUGUGAACAGUCUGGAGUUUAAAAGAAAAGUCACUAUGUGCCACUGACCGCCUCUGAACAUCAACAAAAUCCUCUCAUGUAGCCAAAACGCGUGGAGAAUAAAGCAUGGAGGUGGUGGACAGUCCUGUAAAUCUCGCCCAUCAGCAGUGCAGGAAGGCAGACCGCUUGCUUGCUGCUGGGAAAUAUGAAGAGGCUAUCUCUUGCCACAGCAAAGCCGCAGAACUGCUAAAGGAGGCCAUGAAGCUCACAGAGUGUGAACAGGCUCGCCUGUCUUUAGAGCUGCAGCGAGACAGCCACGUGAAGCAGCAGAGGUUGAUUGAGGAGCGGUGGAAGCGAGCAAGGCGAGAAAACAAGCCCCGUGUCCUUCAGGUGCUCCCUCAUUCAUCCUCAGAGUCAGUGCCUCACGCUCAGCUGAGCUCCUCCUCCUGCCCCGAGCGUGAGUACGACACCUGGCUGUACCUGCUGAGAAACAGAGGCUCCUCCGGCGCCACGGCCGAGCCGACCUCAGGCACUAAGGCUCGCAAAGACGACAAGACGCGCCUGGAGGAGCAGCGCACCACCAUCGAGGACCUGCGCCAGCUGCUGGAGCGUCUGUUAGCAGAGAACGAGCGGCUGACGCGGGAAAACGAGCGGCUACGCCAGGAGAACGCGCGCCUGCGCAGGGAGAGCGACGCCGAUGCCCAUCUGGUGGAGAGCUCGGAGCUGUGGCUACUGCCUUCUGCACCUGACCAGCGCAAACCUGCGGGCAUCACCAUCCCACACCUGCCCCCGCUCGAGAUGCCCCCUCACGAGAUCCCGCUGGAGGAGCUGCCUGCGCUCGAGCUGCCCGAAGACAUCCAGCAUGAGCUGCAGGAGCUGCUGGAUGGAGAGAAGCUGUGAGCAAACACACACGCUCGCCAAAGGGAAAAAACAUCGGCAUCAGCACGGUCACACCGCUCAGGUUCCUGACUGUGGUGUUGGUGGCAUAAACGGCUUGUUUUUAAGCAUCAGAUGCUAAUUUUUUUAUUUCUCUGUCUCUCUAAUGAUCCUAGGUACUGCAGCUAUUUGAUACAAAAAAGGACUUUUGCAGGUCUUGUGCCUUUUUUGAUUAUUUCCAUUGUGUAAUUAAGUCUAAGGAGAAAAAUAUCUCAUGGUGGAAGCCAUGAUCGUCUGACUAGCUCUGAGAGCGCAUGACUGAGUAUUUUUGGGAAAAUAUCAAAGCUUGGUCUUUAUCAGGAGGAGACCCAGGCGUCUUGAAGAACCCACUUUAUCCCAAACACAGACAUGGACAGCAAGCACUGUGAACUGUGUGUGUGUGUGUGUGUGUAUGUGUGUGUGAGAGUGAGAGAGAAAGAGAGAGAGAUCAUGCAUGUGUUUGCGUGGCUUCUUGAUUUUUUUUUUGUUGUUGUUAGACAUGCUGUCAUGAUGGCAUGCGGACAAGCACGAACACGCAGCUUCACUGCCUCGGAUUGUGUCCCGUCAUUUCCACUGUCUCCUGACUCAGUGCUGUUAGAGAUGCAGAGCUAACCGGCUUACACCAUAACCCAUGUGAGAAGAUCAGAAACCUGUGUGUCCUGUCAUGAUAUCAGCGCUCUGAACAGUUCCUGUGGCUCCGAGAAAGAAUGAAACAAAACCAGCCACCAACUCAGCAAGCAAUAACACAUGCUACAGUUUCCACUGUGUUUUUUUUUCCUCUUCUCUUUGUUUCUGGUGUUUGUCUUCGAUUUUUCUGCACAGGAGCCUCAGAUCCAAACGCACAUCUCGAUGGAAGAAUCUCAAACCUUUCCCAAUCAUUAAGUCAGUUUAAUGUUUGUUUAAUGUUUGUUUAAUGAAUUGUUUUUUGUUUCUCAGAUGUUGUACUGUAAUCAAGCAAGUGAUCACACAGUUAAUAUUUUUUCAGGUAAAUGUGUGAUUUUUACUUUGAAUAUGCAGGAAUACUUUGAAUAUCCAUACACAAUCAUACAGGAUAUAACAAUAAGCCGGUUUUACACUAUUCCUACGUCACACUAAUCCAGAGCAAAUCCACUCGUGCCACACGUGAAAGGAAAACUAAUCUGAACGUUUUUAAUGGAAUGUAGAGACGUUGUGUGUGUCUCAUGAAGAGGGAACCAAAUCAUUGUUUUAAUUUAACGUUUAAAUGUACUUAUCGUUUUUGCAGAUGUAAACUGGGUGCAUCUGAACCUUUUCACUUCCAUUUGUGUGUGUGUGAAGAACAAAAAGUCAUAUGAUGAAAGUGUAAUGUUUUGUUCAUGCAUGAAUGGCUGUUGUAGCUCUAAAGUGUAUGAUUGUUCAGAUAUUAUUAUAAAGAAGGAUUUAUGUUACAGUUUGCUUGUUUAAUCAGAUUUUGUGUUUUGUAUAAUGACAUCCAAGAGUGAAAAAAUAAAUAAUGUAGAUCUGGAAAA